AUGUCUUCAAACGCAACACCAACCACAACAACCGCGCCACCUCUAAAUCCAACUCCCACAACCGCACAACCACCACUCCCGCCAGCCCAAACCUUCGACAUUCUCCCACCUCUCCACGCCCUUCUGUCGCGCCUAGAGCCCUCCUUGAACGUCUACACCCCCGACACUUCCGCCGCUAUACCCCCAAACAAUGCCCCUCACACACCUGUCACUUCUGCCUCUGCCCUCCCCAGCUCAGCGCCUCAGCAACUAGACUACAAAGAUGCGGCUGUGGCUGCGCAGUUCCUGAAGAGCAGGAUCAGAAAAGCGUUGGCUGAUUUGGCUGGACUGGCGGAUAUGCACAGGGGUGUUGAGGAGCAGGAGGAAGAGAUCAAAGGGCUCGAGGACAAGAUCAAGAGGCAGAGGGAGGUGUUGGCUAGAUUGGCCGCUUUGGCUGAACAAGACAAGAGUUGA